UCAACUCGCACUAAUUGUAAAUGAUGCGCCACGCGAUACACUAUGGCUAACCAAGAAUUAAUUAUAGUAUUUUUUGGAAUAAUCUUUCUAACAACUGGAUCCGUACUAAAGUGUUUAAAACCGGAGCCAAUUAAAUCAUUCAGCGAAAAAUCAUGCGUAUCAAACGGUACGAGAUGGUUUCAAAUUGCCGGAAACGUACCUUGCGAAAAUUGUUGCAUAUUUCGCAACAUGACCCAGUUUAGUGAUGGAUAUAUUGCUAUUACCGACACAAAAAUUAAGAAUAAUGUAAAAACAGUACACAAUUUCCUGGCCAGGAGGGAUAAAAAUGCUUUUGUUUACCGGUCACUAAAUAGUUCAAGCGUGAUUGCAAUAUUAGAUACGGAUUGUACGAAAUAUGGUGUAAUAUACGAUAUAACUAGAAAUGUUUUGCAAGUUUAUACGAAAGCGCGAAAUCAAAAACGAUCUUUACUAACAACAUUGGAGGGGGUUAAAAAGUGUGGAUUGCCUAUUUAUACGUAUGGCGCUGAGACAGCGUGUGAAAAAAUAUCUUAAAUAUCAUUCUUAAAUAUUCCUAUGAGUGUUAAUUUAAAAUAAAAGAUUUAUAACUUAGAAA